AUGACGAGAAGUAAGGAUAAGCGGGAUGUUUACUACCGAAAAGCAAAAGAGGAAGGCUUCCGGGCUCGUUCCGCUUUCAAGCUACUUCAGCUGGACGAUGAGUUUGGGAUUUUUACCGGUGUUCGCACCGUUGCUGAUCUUUGUGCAGCCCCUGGAAGUUGGUCGCAGGUUGUAAGUCAGAAGCUCCGUCUGCCAGAGAGCGCUUCGGAGGGAAACUGUGCCGUUGCUGUUGAUCUGCAGGACAUAGCUCCCAUUCCAGGAGUCUGUACCCUGCAAGGAGACAUCACUCAGGAAGAUACGCUGGAGCGUGUUCGUUGCGCACUCGGUGGUCGCAGAGCUGAUCUGGUACUUAGCGACGGUGCCCCUGACGUUACAGGUCUGCACGAUCUUGACGAAUACGUGCAGUGCGAACUUGUUCAAGCUGCUCUCCGUUUCUGCGUAGCCAUGCUUGCGGAAGGCGGUAAGUUCGUCGCAAAAAUAUUUCGCGGCUAUGAGUCGGCGCUUCUCUAUGCUCGUAUACGUCCCUAUUUUCGGGAACUGUAUAUCGCAAAACCCCGUUCGAGCCGUAAUUCAAGCCUUGAGAGUUUCAUCGUGUGUAGAGGUUUCACAGUAGGGCGUUCGUACGCGAGCUCUCGAGAAGAGCUAACUGCGAUACCUGCUUUCGUUCCUUGCGGCGACCACGAGUCUGAGGAUCCCGACAUGGCAUAUGACCUGACAUUGAAUCCAUCCGUUCACCAGGAUAUGCACUGA